AUUAAACAUGAGCAACUUUCCCAAUUACUACUUGAUUCUAGAGAUACCCGAGUCUGCCACAACAGAAGAUAUUCGUGAAGCGUAUAAGAAGCAAGCGCUACUAACCCACCCUGAUCGACUUCCUGAAAAUGCCACCUCACAGCAAAGAAGAGCAGCUACGGAGCGCUUUCAACUAGUGGCUGAUGCGUAUCAUGUAUUGGUGGACCGCACCCGUCGAAGACAGUACGACGAAGCCCGCUCAGCUCACCGAGCAUCAGCGGAGCAAGAAGCAUUUAUGGAAAAUCACGAGCGAACGAAUGCACACGACGUAUUCGGUGGUGUUUUUGAGGAACUCUUGCGAGCGGAAGUCGAUCACCCUACCGUGAUAUGGCAAAUUCUUGGCGCAGGUGCUGGAGCAGUCCUUGGUUUCAUCUUGGCGAAUUUUGGAGGCGCUGUGGCGGGUGGUGUUGCUGGAAGGUAUCUUGGCAGAGUUCGUGACCGCAAGGGCGUUUCUGUUUAUACCGCCUUUGAGCGACUCACUGGCUCACAAAGACGAGAGAUCUUGACGGCACUCCUCACACGCUUUGUGACACAUCUAUCGACUGGUGGAGGAGCCAGCUCAUCUAUGAAAUUUUAAUAUGUGAAUGACAAGCAUUUACUACGCAAAAUGCAAAUUUGAAAAUACAAAAUAUGUAUGUAUAUGAUGAACCUUUAAAUAAAGAUAUUAUUACGGAUUGCAGGUCAAAA